AUGAUAAACUUGCCCAUUACCAAUAAAAUCACCUUAGGGAAAGAACUUGGCAGCGGAGGCCAUGGACAAGUCUAUCAGGGUCAACAUGCCAAGAAAGGCAAAGUCGCUGUUAAAGUUGUCAGCCUUGAAGAUGAAGAGGAUCAAGACUGGGUCAGAGAGGAGCUGUAUUUCCUCAGCAAAUUCUCUGCCCACAGAAAUGUUGCCACUUACCAUGGGGCAUAUUUUCAACCAAAAGCUUCAGAGGAAGAACCUGACAAGCUUUGGGUAAGUAAAAGUUUUAUGAUGUUCUAAGCCUUGUG